AUGGCGAAAAAAGCCUUGGCCAAAGACCAAAUCGUCAAGCUGAUUGUGGGGGCCGGUCAGGCCAGUCCCAGUCCACCAGUUGGUCCAGCACUGGGAAGCAAAGGUGUCAAGAGCAUGGAUUUUUGCAAGGAAUUCAACGCCAGAACCGCACACAUCAACACCGGUGUCCCCGUACCCGCGCGGGUCACAGUACGACCAGACCGUUCCUUCACAUUCGACCUCCGCACACCGACAACCAGCUGGCUUCUCCUCCAGGCGGCAGAGGUGGAACCUCGUAAGGGUAGACUUCGGGGGGCGAUGAACCCCGGCCACGAAACGGUGGGCAAAAUAUCGUUGAAACACGUGUACGAGAUUGCGAAGAUCAAGCAGUCGGAGACGCGGCUGUCCGGGUUGAGUCUGCAGGGGUUGUGCAAGAGCGUUAUUUCCCAGGCCAAGUCGAUUGGAAUUGAGGUCGUACCGUGA